AUGGGCUUUGAGCAAGUGAUCAAGGCUCUCAGGAACAGCCUUCCCGCCUCAAACCUCUUCUUUGAGGGGGAGAGGGAGUAUGAGGCGCUCAACGGGUCGUACCUCUCCGCCAUGGAGAGCGAUAUCAGACCCGCCGCUAUUUUCCGACCCGAAAGCAGGAAACAGGUUGCCAAGUUCGUCAAGAUUAUGAGGCCGUUUUCCCUUGGCGAGCAUGGCGAAGAAGCCACGGUCCGAUUUGCCAUCCGCAGCGGCGGACAGCAACCACUCCCAGGUGUCGCCAACAUUGAGGGCGGCAUUACACUGGACCUCGGUCUCCUUAAUUCAGUUGAGCUCCAGAAGAACGGGAAACAAACAGUUGUUUCAGUUGGCGCAGGUGCUCGAUGGGGCGCGGUCUACGACAAGCUGGACGGCACAGGACUGGGUGUCACGGGUGUUCGUUCUGCCUCUGGUGGUGUUGGUGGAUUGUCUUUGACUGGCGGUGUCUCGUUCUUCUCCUCCCGCGAAGGGUUUGUCUGCGACAAUGUUCUCAACUACGAGGUUGUCCUCGCCUCCGGAGAGAUUGUCAAUGCCAACGAGCAUGAGAACAGCGACUUGUGGAUUUCCCUCCGCGGAGGUGGCAACAACUUUGGGGUUGUCACACGUUUUGAUUUCAGGACAUUCCCUCAGCCCGGGAAAUUCUGGGGCGGCAGUGUUUUCUAUUUCCUCUCUAGCUGGCCAUAUCACGUCGGUGCCCUCCUGUCAGAGCUCCGGAAAAAGGAUGCCGCCGACCCAAACGCCCACGUUCAGUUGAGCAUCGGUUACUCUUCCCAGUUUGCUCAGUUUGCCUGCCAGAGCCAGCUGUCUUACACUGGAGCGGACGCCACCGAGAGCAUGCCUGAGGUGCUCAAACCGUGGGCAGAUAGGCACCCUCAAAUCGAGCAGUUGAACUCGGUCAGGUUGAUGACGCUCAGAGAGGCGGUGUCAGAGCAGCCAGCAGAAUCAAAAGGCAACGUUCGGUACGUCAUCAUACCUCUCACUCGCCCGAGACCACAGACUAACUCUGCCGUUAGAUGCGCCUACAUGAACGUGACAGUCAAGGCCGACGCGCCCACGCUCUUUGAGGCGACUGAAAUCUUCACCAACUCCCUUGAGAGCGUCAAGGCAUGCUCCGGACUCAUGUCUUCUCUCACAUUCCAGCCCUACUCGGUCAAUACUCUCCGGCAAACAGUCCGCCACGGCGGUAAUUCACUCGGUCUCGACCCCUCAGACGGACCGCUCAUCAACAUCAUGGUAUCGACCUACUGGAACAAGAAGUCUGACGAUGCUGCCAUCCUCAAGUACAUGAGCAAUGCGACAAGCUACAUGAGGAGGGAGGCUCAAAGGAGGAACAAGCUGGUGCCUUUCGUAUCCAUGAACCAUGCCUGGACUCAUCAAGACGUUAUCGAGUGCUACGGAGAGGAGAACAAGAGGGCGCUGCAGGAGACAAGUAUCAAGUACGAUCCCGAGGGACUGUUCCAAAGAGGCGUCCCAGGGGGGUUCAAGCUUUUCAACCGGAAAUGA